UGUUGGCCCUAGCUCUUGUCACCUGUGGCCAUCAGGCGGCUCCCAGCUCCAGGCAGGGUCUGCGCAGGCCGGCCCGAGUUCCCUUCUUUCGUGAUCAGGCCUAAGAACAGAAGGCCGGCCAGGCCCUGAGGAGGGAGAGGGGCAGGCUGAGCAGGGCGGCCAGGCAUGCAAGCUAGACCCAGGAGUCGACUGGCUGAGCCCUGGCCGGCUCUGGGAAGCGCAUCUUGCAGGGUUGGGCGCCAAUUCUCCAUGUAUCCCUGCACCCAGCCCUUGCACCGGAACCCUGGCGACACCCGGUGCCGUGGUGACGUGACUAUUGUCCUGGUUUGGUCGGUGUCCCUUGGUGGCUCCAGGAGGAUAAGCUGCAGAUGUCCCCUCCCCUAGGGCACCGGCAGAGUGGCGGCAUGCAGGGCCUGCUCAGGGCCCAGGGUGCCCUGGCGCCCCCUCAUUGAUUCUCUGCGUGGGCCUGUCCUGAGCACCUGCUGUGUGGCCGCUAGGGUCUUGGGCGGGCGGUGGUCCGCUCUGCCCAGGGGCGUGCACACGAGAUGGUGCCUGGUAACCUCGGGAGCGGAGCCACCACCAUCGGCAGUACACAGCUAAGACUGGGCUGCACCGGGGCGAGCACAGGUCACUCCACCCAGCAGCACACCCCAGGGGACCCCCGCGCCACAGCGCUGCCGGGGUCGCGCCCUCCAAGCCCCGCCCCGCGCCCCGCCCGCCGUGGCCCGAGUCCGCCACCGGAAGCGCGCGCCGGGCUACCCGCCCCGCUGCCUGCACCGCGACGGCGCCGGGCGAGACGCCAAAGCCCACACCCAUGCUGUUGGCAGCCUUCUCAUUGGGCCUGGCACUGCUGCCUCUGCUGCUCUUCCUGCGACGCUGGGCUGGCUCCUCAUCGGCUGGCACAAGUGAGUCCUACAGCCCAUCCAUAACCUGCUCAUGGGUGACAGCAAGGAGCAGCGCAUUCUGCGCCAAGUGCUGCAGCACGCGGUGGCCGGGGACCCGCAGAGCGUGCUGGAGACCAUUGACGCCUACUGCUCACAGAAGGAAUGGGCCAUGAUCGUGGGCAACAAGAAAGGCCAGUUCCUGGAUGCAGUGGUGCAGGAGCAGCAGCCGUCUGUGCUGCUGGAGCUGGGGGCCUACUGCGGCUACUCGGCCGUGCGCAUGGCCCGCCUGCUGCCGCCCGGCGCCCGUCUGCUCACCAUCGAGAUCAACCCUGACUAUGCCGCCAUCACCCAGCGGAUGCUGGACUUCGCGGGCCUGCAGGACAGGGUAACCGUUGUCCUCGGGGCCUCCCAGGACAUCAUCCCCCAGCUGAAGAAGAAAUAUGACGUGGACACGCUGGACGUGGUCUUCCUCGACCACUGGAAGGACCGGUACCUGCCGGACACGCUCCUCCUGGAGGGUCGCCCAGGUGAGGUGGCCCAACUCUCCAGUGACAGCCCCCAGCAGCCCACACACAGGCACCAGGCAUCCCUCUUACCUGGAGCAGCCAUGUGUUCCUGGCACCCGGUGACCAACGGACCCACUGGCCUUGAGGCGGCAUUGUGGGUGGGACUGCAGCCCCAUCGUCUCUUCUGCUCAUUGUCCAGGAGUGUGGCCUGUUACGCAAGGGGACGGUGUUGCUGGCUGACAAUGUCAUCGUCCCAGGAGCACCGGAUUUCCUGGCCCACGUGCGUGGGAGCGGCCGCUUUGAGUGCACGCACUUCUCCGCUUACCUGGAGCACGUCCAGAAGGUGGAUGGCGUAGAGAAGGCCGUCUACCUGGGCCCAGACAGCCCAGCACAGCCUUGACCUCCCACCUGUGCCGGGCUCCUUUGCCCAGCCUGCUUCUGAAGGGCACUAUGGCUGCCCUGCUGCCAACCCACUUCUGCAGGUUGGAGUCUGUCCUCAAUGGGUGACUCGAGGCCUGUGAGGCCGCGGCCAGCCCACACUGACCCUUCUGCACAGCGGUGCUGCGUGCUCACGCACUGCUCCUCCCCAGUGCAACUGGCUCAGCGCAUAAAACCAUAGCAAUAAAUCUGGAAAGUGUCUGCUCGUAAAGACCACA